ACAAAUUACAAUAAACAUGUAGCAAAUAGAGCAGAGUUAACAAAUACUCAAAUAACAGUGUGUAUCGUUCUACACUCCCAACUCUCUCUCGUCGUUCUUCUUUAGAGAGAGAGAAUGACGAUGUUUCACUUCUUCAAUUGUGCGAUUCUGACGUUCGGCCCUCACGCCGUCUACUAUUCCGCCACUCCUCUAUCCGAGUAUGAUACUCUCGGUACCUCCAUUAAAGCUGCUAUUGUUUAUCUCGGAACAGCUUUAGUCAAGCUUGUAUGUCUUGCUACGUUUCUGAAGGUAUCUGAGACUGACAGCUUUGAUCCUUAUCAGGAAUUAUUGAAAGCGUUAAUUGGUUUUGUAGACGUUGCUGGCCUUUACUUUGCGCUGACUCAAUUGACACAUAGGAACAUCUCCCAAAAUCAUAAGUUUCAAGCAGUGGGACUAGGAUGGGCCUUUGCUGAUUCUGUCCUGCACAGAUUGGCACCUCUUUGGGUGGGUGCUAGAGGGUUGGAAUUCACUUGGGAUUACAUUUUGCAAGGCCUUGAAGCGAAUGCUAAUUUGGUGUUGAGCAUAUCCCUUGCUGCUUUAGGUUCUUUGAUGUGGCUACGGAAAAACAAGCCCAAGACUUUAAUUCCUAUUAUAUACUUAUGUGCAGGAAUUGUUGCAACCAUGCCAUCCAUCACAAGUUAUCUGAGGCGAGGUCUGGGGUGGCACCUACCAAAGGUGGUUGGCUUUGAACUCUUCACUUCUCUAGUGAUGGCUUUCAUCAGUUGGCAGCUCUUUUCUGCGUGUCAGAGACCCUCUACAUGAGGAAUACCGUUAUCGAUUGCCCCUAGGAUCGGAUUCUUUAAUCAAAUCAAGAAAGGGUGUGGUUGUCUCAGUUAAAUCAAAAGUUUUUUUUUUUUUUUUGGAAUAUUGCUAUGGUUCACUUUGAAUUUCCAAAAUUUUGUGUAGGAUGAACAGGCUCCUUGACAUGUACAAGCUUAGAUACAAUUUUUAUUUUUCUCCGUUGUGACUUGAUAUAAAGCAGUACUACUAGUGAGAGAACCUUAUCAGGAA